AUGAAUCAAUCAUCCAACGAUCCUUUUAUGCAGGAAAUUCAGCGACUGAGGGCUGAUUACGAAGGGAAAAAAGCGUGGUCUGACUUGGGUUCUGCUGGUGACCGACGUUUAAUCGACCUCAGUUUGGGAUUGAUUGACGGUGUGUUCUGCUAUACGUAUUGGUAUGAGCACCAAUGCAUCCGGCUGGCUGAUAUUCCCGGCACUAUCUCUGGUGAUAUUCUUCGCCUACAACAAAAUUUUCCCGACUCAGUCAACAUCGGCGAUCAUGAAAUCAUUGGUGACCAAGUACGCCCCCUUAUGAAUACACCACCGCUUCCGGAGCUUGAUGAUGAUUCCGAAGAACUUGAUACAAUUCUUACCGCGCUCCCGAUUAUUGAAGUCGAUUCCAGCAAAUACUUUAUCAAGAAAGGUAAAUAUAAGAGUGAAAUCAGCAAUCUACUAGAAUGCCAAGGUGGAUCUUGUCCGGGAGUCCCAAAAUCAUCCCACAUUAUUCAGUUACUGGGAAAGUCGCCAGAGGGGAAGCUGGUUUUCGAAAAAUUCAAGUCCAGAUACAUCUUAGGGUACAUUUAUCCCCUUACUGUAUACAAAGACUGGCUUUUGCAGAUAAUAUCCGGAAUGAAGAAACUUCAUUCCCUUGGGAUUAUUCAUCGUGACCUUCGCAUCGACAACAUUGUUUUCUCCGCUGAUACAUCCCGUGUGCUUAUCUGCGAUCUCGAGGGACGUUGGGGAAAUCGUCUGGCUCCUGAGGUUUCUCGCGAGCCGGUGUUGGACGCUGGCUGGACUGAGAAAUCGGACAUCUAUGACCUCGGCUAUCUUAUAAAAGGCAUGAUAUACGGAAACGUACCGAUAACGAUGGCGGUGGAAUGGUUUGUCCCACCUCCUCUUGCUGCUGUUGUGGAAGCUUGCACGCGCAGUAAGCCCGAAGAGCGCCCCAGUUUGGAUGAUUUAUACGCUAUGGUUGAGAAGAUCGAGAUUACCACUUAA